AUUGCAAGACGACCCAGAUGGGAAGUAGGAAGUGCUGCGUCUGAGCUUCCUGUAUAAAUAAACGCGCGCCUCGGGUUGCCGUUGCCGGCGAGCUCUGCCGCGCGCUCUGCAAGGUCCGCGGGCAUCCCGGCGGCUCCUCUGGGCAAGGAGGCGGCUAUGCACUCCUCCUCCCGAGCAGUCGGUCCGGGAGGACACGUCUUGUUGCAAUCCUGAAAAGUGUAAAGCUGUCAGCCGCCGAGCGCGGAGGAAGAGGGAGAGCAAGAAAACAGUUCCUGUUUCUCGGUGCAGUGCUGGCGUGAAUCUCGCCGAAGCGUGAGUGAGGCGCUUGAGAAGCAGCAGCUGGGAGUAACACAGCUCUCCUGCCCAGGGCUUGAGGAGACUGAAGAAGUAUCCCGCCAGGCCGAUGGGCUCAGUUGCUAGGCUCCACUAUCUCACCAUGACCACCGAAAACCCAAUGCCUGGAGAUGUGGCGCUGGCUCCCCUAGUCAUGUGCAAACUCUGUCUGUGUGAACACUCUCUGGACAAGAUGACCACACUCCAGGAAUGCCAGUGCAUCUUCUGUACAGCUUGCCUGAAACAGUACAUGCAGCUGGCAAUCCGAGAAGGCUGUGGGUCUCCCAUCACUUGCCCUGACAUGGUGUGCCUAAACCAUGGGACCCUGCAGGAAGCCGAGAUUGCCUGUUUGGUACCUGUGGAUCAGUUUCAGCUUUAUCAACGGUUAAAAUUUGAACGAGAAGUUCACCUGGACCCCUUCCGAAUGUGGUGUCCCGUUGCGGAAUGUCAGACUGUGUGCCCCGUUGCAUCGAGUGACCCAGGGCAGCCUGUGCUGGUGGAAUGCCCUUCUUGUCACCUGAGAUUCUGCUCCCGUUGCAAGGAUGCAUGGCAUCCGGAGGUCUCUUGUAGAGACAAUCAGCCUAGCAACCAGCCGUCAGAGCAUGGGGCCCUCUUUGGGACAGACACCGAAGCCCCCAUUAAGCAAUGCCCAGUUUGCCGGGUUUAUAUUGAACGCAACGAAGGCUGUGCUCAGAUGAUGUGCAAGAACUGCAAGCACACGUUUUGCUGGUACUGUCUCCAGAACCUGGAUAAUGACAUUUUCCUCAGACAUUAUGACAAAGGGCCUUGUAGGAAUAAACUGGGCCACUCCAGAGCAUCAGUGAUGUGGAACCGAACACAGGUGGUGGGAAUUCUUGUAGGAUUGGGCAUCAUUGCCUUGGUCACUUCUCCCCUGCUCCUCCUGGCUUCCCCAUGUAUAAUCUGCUGUGUCUGCAAGUCCUGCCGGGGCAAGAAGAAAAAACACGACCCGUCAACAACCUAAAGAUCUCCGCUGAGUUUGUGUGUGACAGACGUGUGGAUUAUAUGGGACAGCACAGUGACAAAGCUCCAUUUAGUGAACUCUCCUCCUUCUCCUUGCCAAACUUUGGAAGUGCCUCUUGUGUCCCGACUUUGAACUUGCCUGCCAUUGUUCAGCAUUAGAAAAGGCUGAACCCUGGGCCGUGUGUUCCUGUGUAAAGAGAACUGGAUUCCCCAGGCUGCGCUGAUGCACGUCUGAAAGCUUUGGGGCUUUUCGGAGGAACCAGCACAUCAUCAUUUUAUCAUCGAAAGGAUCCCACUGGGCUGUUCAGCUUCCAGCAUGAUUCAAGGAACCCAAGUGAACAAUCGAUGUAAUAAAUGUGUUGUUAAAAUGUGUUGUUAUGGUUGGCAACAUACACAAUAACUGAGAUGCGGGAGUCUGCUCUGUGUUCAUUUGGCCACCGUGGGAAACAUGGGGGAAAUCCCAUGGAAGGGGGAAAGGAUAGGACUGUUUAAGGGAAAAUUCGCAGAAAAGCUCUAAAGCAGGAUGCAUCUGUUAGGGCAACAAGAGUACUUUCUGUUCUGUCCCUCCUGGCUACUUGGUGUGUUGCUCUCCAUCUUCCCAUGGUGACUUGGCAGCCGUGCAAUAGGUUUCUCCUGUGUGAGCUCAGCUUCAAGCAGGAGAAACUGCUGUGCAGAGGGAGUUGUCCCUUCCCGAUAAAAGGGUUGCAGCAUGUAAAGCAGUAUGGUCUAAAUGAGUGUCCCUACCUCGGCAAGCAGAACUUUUCCAAGGUGACUCACUUUUCUCUUGCAGCCAGUAGCUGUGGUCUAGAAAAAUAUGCAUAGGGUAGGACUGGUUCUCCAUAGAUAAUAGAGAUCUUUCCUGGGAUUUAUGUUUCUACACUCAAUAAAUUUAAAAUUGGACCCAAAAGUCUUCACCAAGAGCAAAUAUUAAGGUCCAUAUGUACACCUAGAAUCCAAAUAAUUUACAACCUACCUAGAAUUUCUAUCCAUUGGGCAUGCAUUGAUAUACCUAGUAGUGCACGCAGAAUAGAUGUUUACUUAAAAGCCAUUCUGUCUUCCCUUCUGUGGCCAAUAUGAUUUAUUAUAAGUCAACCUAAAGAUUUUUUUGCCUAUUAUAUAUGAAAUUUGGGUUGCAAGUUUGUAACUUACCCAAGAAUAUAAAUUCAUAAUCAUAACUCUUUUAAAACAGUAAAUAAUAUAAUAUCAUGCCAUCUCUGUUUGUAAGGAAACAAAUUGACAAUCAAGUUAUUGGUAUAUUUUCAAAGAAUUCAGAGCAGCUCUGUUCUCAACAGAAUUGAGUACUGCUCUUUCAGCAUCUGUUAGGGCAAUGAGAGUACUUUAUGUACUCAAGCACUGACAAAACAGUAAAAAUAGGUAAGAAAUAAAAUUUAAAUGCUUUAUCUAUCUUAAAUAGUUUGGAUUUUUAUCACCUCAUUGUGACUUAUUUUUCCCAUCCUACCACUAGUCAGGUUUUGAAAAGACAAAACCUUUUCUCCAAUGACAGGGUGACAGUAGUUACCAUUAGCUAUGUAGCAAGGUGCUUUGUGAUAACUGGACUAAAUGUUAAUGGAGAAAUUUCCUUGAAGCCAGGGUUAUAAUAUCAGGAACCAUCAGGACUUAGAAUAUUUUCUGAGUUAACUGGGGUAACUAGUUUGUUAAAUUGCUGCUAUCCUUUACCUAUUAUUAAUGGAUAAUGCUUUGCCUCCGUAAUGGGAUGUAUACAAAGUGGGAAUGUGUAUAUUUGAAGAACAUGUAUAUACUGCUACUUGAUAUUUGUAUAGUACAUCUAUUGGUCAUGUACAUGUAAUUUACAGUUUGUAUAGAACAUAGAUGAGAACUCGGGGAAAACUUUUGAAUGACAACCAACCAAAUACAUUUUUAAUCACUUAUUAGAAAAUUUUUCAAUAUUAAGUGUCUUCACUUUCCUUCUAAACACUUCAGAAAAAAAAACCCCUCUUCUUUCAAGGUCUUUUGUAUUAAUAUAAAUAUAAAUGUAUAUAUAGUUGAGUAGUUAAUAUGCUUUUUCUUACACAUAGACUACUGCCUCAUUAUAGGUAAAAGGGCAUUUAUAACUGCUCAGGGGAUCACAAGAACUCAGCUGAAAUUGAAUUUUUGAAACCAGAAUAUCAGUAAUGGUAAUGUACUCCUCCAUUAGUGAACCCUCUAAGCUUGGUUCCACAAAGUGUCUUUAAACAGGAGAUGAUUUCUAAAUAAUCUGACAUGCCAUGUAUUCAGAGGGAGAGCUGGCGAAUUUGGAGUAAAGGUGGGAGAAAACAUCUCUUCCCUUGGAAAGACUGAAGGAACUUGUUUUCUCACAGAGAUACAAUAACAGAAUCAGCUACUUUGGCAGGGGUGGGUGGGUGUAGGGGCAGGGUUGUCUGCCAGAUAGAUUUUAAGUAACUGGAUUUAACAUUUAAAAUGUUGAAAAUUGCCUGUAAAAUGGUUACUUCUUCCUUAAACAGCUAAAUGAAUUGGCCUGUGUGAGAUUGUCUGAAUCCACAGGAGCAAGUUAGGUUAACCCCAAACAUAUCUAUCUGUCUCCCUCUCCCUCCCUCUCUCUCUCUCUCACUGGUGCAUCAAAAAGCAAGACCCACAACGAUCUAAAGGUUUUGUUUACCAGGAGAGUGCUGACAACUUUAGUUUUGGAUAAUUGGCCAGUUUAAAAAGAGUUUAACCUUGUCUCCUUCCUCUGUCUGUCAGCUUUAACCUUUCCUAAUUAUUCUCUUUCUGUUCUAGGAAGACAUAUGGGUACAGAUAAGAAUAUUUAGAUGUUGUGGCAAGCAACUUUUUGUGUUUGGAGUAGGGUAGUCCAUUUGAAAUAGACAUGAAAAAUCCUUUAUCAAAUUGUAGUCUGGAUGUAAUAACACAUCACCCAGAAAUACUAUUGAAUGUAAUGCACAAUGUUAGCUGUUGCUCCAUCAAGGGAUUUUUCUCUCGUUUUUAGGUAGAGAGAUGAGGAGGAAAGCCCAAACGUAAGCGAAGUUUAGAAUUUUAGGCAUUCUGUUUGUUCACGCCAUGAGUGUUUGCGCUGGACUUGAAAUCUGUAUUUUGAAAGAGGCCUUUGAAAAACAAAUGUCACAGUGUGAAUUUUCUUGUAGCCUGCAUCAUGAAAAUCUUACCUAUCCAGGUUUGCAAAUCUGUGUUUAUUUGAAUGUAAAUCAGUGUUUUUUGAAUCCCAAAUUUUCUCUUAAAAAUUAUUCAGAAUCUAAAUAUGUAUUAUUUUAGCCUUCCCUACCCAGUGCUUCUAAAAGACUUUUCUUUCUGAUUUUGAAUGGAGACCUUUAUGUAUAUGGAACCAUGUGUAUAUGUGUAGCUUUAGGGACAAUUUCAGAAAUGCCUUAGAUGAAUGAAAUUUUAUAAAGCUGUCACAAUUGAUAUCUAUAGGCUAUUUCAUCUCACAUUGAUUCUUGAGCCAGAAAGUUUGGUUAUAUAUUUAAGAAAUUGCUAUUGUAUGAUAUUUUUCCAAUUCUUUGGGAGGAAAAUAGCUGUUCCAGACUCUCUAGUCCCAAUAAAUGUGGAGCAGGAAAUCAA